AUGGGUUCCAGCCACACAACGUUCCACCGCCACGACCUUGUGUGGCCCUUCUACCGUACAACCAAGGUUGACGACCCUGCCAAGGCCACCUACAGGUGCGCCACUGUCGUCGUUGCCAUGGUUCAGGUUGCCAUCGAUGCCAUGCAUGUUGUGACAGCAGUCGUCAUCAAGUGCGGCACCGUCACCAUGGACAGCGUCGAUGCAGCCUCGCUGCCCACCGCGAUCGAACGGCGAAGGAAGGAAGGCAACAAUUUGGUAGCGAGGUUGGUGCUCUGUUCGCGGAGCAUGCUGGCCAACCUGUGCGGGAAGGACGACUGCUGGCCGGAGAUUGUCUCCAAAGCUUUUGCAACCAAACUUGACCCCAUUGCACACCGCAUUAUCAGUCCAAACCAAACUGCGUUUAUCAAAGGUCGAUUUAUUCUGGACGGAGUGUUGGCCCUCCACGAGAUUGUCCACGAGCUGAAAGUGAAGAGGCAAGGGUGCCUGCUGCUGAAACUCGACUUUGAGAAGGCGUAUGAUCGAGUCAAUUGGGGCUUUCUUCAGGAGGUCCUUAGAGCAAAGGGCUUCGACUCAGGCGUGGUGCAUCGUAUCUCGCAGCUGGUCAUGGGAGGACAAACGGCGAUCUCUAUCAAUGGUGAAGUGGGUCCUUUUUUUAGGAACAAAAGAGGGGUGCGUCAAGGGGACCCCCUUUCUCCCCUGCUGUUUAAUUUCAUGGCGGAGGCGCUCUCCAAGAUCCUUGCCUCGGCGGCGGCGGCAGGUCACAUUGCGGGAGUUGUACCUCACUUGGUUCCCGGCGGGAUCACGCACUUACAGUACGCUGACGAUACCUUGAUCCUGAUCCAAGACGACGACACUCAGAUUGCCAAUUUGAAGUUACUCCUCAUGUGCUUUGAGGAUAUGUCUGGGCUCAAGAUAAACUACCACAAGUCUGAGGUGAUAGUCAUGGGGACUACCGCGGCCAGGAAACAUCAAGUGGCUGAUAGGCUUAACUGCAAACUUGGGUCCUUCCCUUUCAUUUACUUGGGGCUGCCGAUCUCCGAUAGGAAGCUUACGAUGGAGCAGUGGUUGUUCUUAGUUCGUAAGCUGGCUGGCCGUGUCGAGCCUUGGUGGGGCAAGUUCAUGUCUUCUGGGGGCCGCUUGAUCCUCUCCAACUCCUGCCUCUCCAGCCUGCCCCAGUUUGCGAUGGGUUUAUUCCUCCUGCACGACGGUAUUCAUGCGAAGUUCGACUCUCACCGGGCUAGAUUCUACUGGGAAGGAUCUGGUCCCAAGCAUCGUUAUCACCUUGUCAACUGGCCAGCAGUCUAUAACCCUUUAUGGGCCCAGAUCAUCAGAGCGAAAUACGCCUCCGCCAACAACAUCUUUGAGGGAUCGGGACAAGGGGGAUCCCAAUUUUGGCGUAGCCUUCACAAGAUUAAACACCUCUUCAAGCUUGGAGCCAAGUAUACUGUCCGUGAUGGGAGGCGGACUAUGUUCUGGAUGGACAAGUGGUCAGGCGAGGUUCCACUUAAAGAUAGAUUCCCCAACCUCUUUGAUAUUGCCAACUUUCAGAUGAGCACGGUGGCUCAGGUGUGUGGGGCUAGGGGUCCUCUGUCCUUCCGCAGAUCGCUUGAUCCCCAGGGGAGGCGGGACUGGCAGCAGCUGAGAGGCAUCAUUGAUCAAACCAGCCUCUCUCAGGGACAAGAUGGGGUGUCUUGGUCUCUGGAACCGUCGGGUCGCUUCUCGGUCCGGUCUAUGUACCUGAAGCUGUCCCAAGGGGCCUCCAUUGCCCAUUUCCGUGAUGUGUGGUCGGCUCGUAUCCCGCUUAAACUUAAGAUCUUCUCCUGGCAGCUAGCUCUUGACAAGCUUCCCACAGCCAUCAAUAUCGCGACCAGAAGGGGGCCUGGGAACGGCUGCUGCAAGCUUUGUGGUAGUCCGGAAGAUGCGUCGCAUAUUUUCUUCACUUGCUCUACGGCGGUGUUUGCCUGGAGCGUUACCCGCCAGCUGUUGGGAUGCAGCUGGUGCCCCGCCAAUUUUGCCCAGCUUUUUGCUAUCAUCUCUAGUCUAUCGGAUGUGGACUCCGCUGGCAAGACCGAUGGAUCGUCCGUGGAUCAAUCACGCGGUGGCAGAACUAAAGCUCCUGCACGACGCUACCAGUCCAGGAAGGCAUGA